AUGCACAACCUGUUGUUUUAUCUGUCCCAGGUUUGGAUUCAACCAGAAUGCCCAAAAGUGCUUGCUCCGUUGUUCACCCAACUACGGUCUGUGAGUCUAGACAAUCUUCCGGAAGAAUGUGAUAUCUCUUGGACAAUGUUCCUUCUUGAAGCUGCACCAUCCAUAGAGGACCUUUGCAUCACAGUAUGGGAUCAUAAGUGCCGGAAGGAGUCACAAAAGAGUCGCUCCAGGAAAAUGGAUGUGCAUUGGGAGCCAUCUGAUCCUGAUUUCAAGCACAAGAAUCUGGCUAGGCUAACUAUCUACGGCUUACAGUCUGAUGACAAUUUCAUCGGAUACGUUAGACGAGUCAUUCAUGCUGCGGCGAAUAUCAGGGAGGUAUCCCUGCACGACAGGAAGGUGUGCCGAUUGUGUUGUGAAAAGUUUCCUCAUCUCGGUGUUCGUCCUUCAAGUUAUCCACGGACCAGCGAGGAAGUGGAUUUGUUGACGAAGAAUAUGACAGCGGCGACGGCAACGACUUCUCCUGAUAUUCACUUCUGCUCAUAA